AUGAGGCGGCACGAGCUGGUUUCGCCGUCUUGUUGCUUGAGCGGCCUCGUGCUGCUGCUCCUCCUUGCGCUGUCGGCUCGAGCUCAGCGGCAAGCGCAGACAGAUCCGUCCGAAGUGGCCGCGCUGAACGCCAUCUUCUCGAGGUGGGGCCUGCGGGCGUCCACGGCGUGGAACAUCAGCGGCGAGCCUUGCAGCGGUGCCGCCAUCGACGACACCACCGACAUAGAUAAUGACCCAAACUUCAACCCGGCCAUUAAGUGCGAUUGCUCCUACAAUGCCAGCACCAUCUGCCACAUCACCAGGCUGAAAGUAUAUAGACUAGAUGUGGUUGGUCAGAUUCCUGCGGAACUGCAAAAUCUAACUUACCUGACAAACCUGAAUUUAGCGCAGAAUUACUUGACUGGAUCUUUACCAACAUUUAUUGAAAAGCUGACUCAGUUGCAGUAUCUACAUUUGGGAACCAAUGCAUUAACUGGAGUUUUACCGAGGGAGCUGGGUAACCUCGAGAAUCUCAUUUCGCUGGCCAUUAGCGCAAAUAAGUUCGUUGGUCCACUCCCGGAAGUAGUAGAAAACUUGACCAAACUUGAGCAACUGUAUAUCGAUAGCUGUGGUUUAAGUGGAGAGCUACCAUCUACCUUUUCCAAUCUUAAGAAGCUGAUGAUCCUAUGGGCAUCAGAUAAUGAUUUUACUGGGAAGAUACCUGAUUACAUUGGAAACUUAUCAAAUUUGACAGAUCUGAGACUCCAUGGAAAUAACUUUGACGGUCCCAUUCCUGCAAGUUUUUCUAAUCUUGUCAACAUGACAAAUUUGCGAAUAGGUGAUUUAACGGGAGAGGUGUCUUCAUUGGCUUUUGUGGCUAACAUGACAUUGUUGAAAACUCUAGUUCUGAGAAACUCCAGGAUAUCUGACAACCUUGCUUCAGCGGACUUCUCAAAAUUUGUUAACCUCAAUUAUCUGGACUUGAGUUUUAACAGCAUAACAGGCAAAGUUUCUCCAACCCUUCUGAACCUGAAUACCCUGAAUUUACUAUUUCUUGGGAGCAAUAACCUCUCUGGGAGCUUACCAGACAUGAUUAGCCCUUCACUUACUACCAUUGACUUGUCAUACAAUAUGCUCUCAGGAAGAUACCCUUCUUGGGUUAACAUGAAUAAUUUGCAUGUGUAGGUUUUUCUCUUCAAAUUCCCAUUUAGAAGGCAGACUAAUUAAUGCAUGCCUUUUGUAUUUUCAAUCGGGACUGUGAAACCACAAACUUCAUGAACCCGUUUGUGACCUAAUUGUCUGAAUGGUAUUUCUUUUAGGAAUUUGGUGUGGAACAACUUUGUGAUAGAUAACUCAAACAACAGGUUUUUUUUUUCUUCCAUUGCUUCAUUUAGUUGCCCUUCAUAUCUAUGCAACACCAUGUGAUUGAACGAUCUAUUUUGUUCCUAGUACUUUGCCUUCAGGACUAAAUUGUCUUCAGCGAGA